UUUUCCUCCCACUGACUCAGGCUCCUCCGGCGUCUGCGGGACUCGGCGCGAUCGCCGGCGAGCGCCCAGGCCGGGACCCCGCUCUCGGCGCCGUCCCCGGCGGCUCCUCCGUGGGGAUUUCUUUCCCAGGCGCCAGCGCCGGCCCAAGCCCCAGGCACCGGGUAGUCCCGCUCUUCCCUGGGGGACCCGCUGCAGGUCCCCCGGCUCGGCCCCGCGCCCCCCGCGCGCAGCCCCCGGAAGUGCGUGCGGGCGGCCCCGGCGAAGAGCCCGAUAAGCCAACUGGGGCCAACCAAGUUUCGGGACCUGUACUGCUGGAUACUAAUGUCACCAGAGAUGAACUGUUCUUACCAGAGAUUCUUCUGUUCCUGACAGCACACCUCUCCCCAGGGAGCUAAGGGAAGAGAAGAGAGGGAGGAGCCACAGUGAUCCAGCUGAAGCAUCCCUGGGAGGCGCCUCUGGAUGCCACGUGGAGGCUGCCCUUCCGCCGCAGCACGGAGCCUCUGACUGCCCAGCGCAUGGACAUGGCUCUGCUCAGCAACAUCCUAGCCACCUAUUCCUUUGUCUCAGAAAACCCUGAGCGAGCAGCCCUGUACUUCGUCUCGGGCGUGUGCAUCGGGCUGGUCCUCACCCUGGCUGCCCUGGUGGUGAGGCUCUCCUGCCGCGUGGACUGUCGGCGGCAUUCCCGUUCCCGGAAGAAGUUCCUGCCGGACCAAGAGAGCAGCAGUGACAGCAGCGACAGCAGCGACAGCGAGGAUGGCAGCUCUGACAUCUCGGUCCGGAGGCACCGCCGCUUUGAGAGGACUCUGAACAAGAACGUCUUCACGUCGGCGGAGGAGCUGGAGCGCGCGCAGCGGCUGGAGGAGCGGGAGCGCAUCAUCAGGGAGAUCUGGAUGAAUGGGCAGCCCGAGGUGCCCGGGACCCGGAGCCUGAACCGCUACUACUAGGGCAGGAGCAGGCCCCCCGCACCGCCGGAAGCAGGACCCCGCACCGCCGGAAGGAAGGGAGCGGGGCUGCAGGGAGGGUGGGCGCAGAGCUGAGCGCAGUUCUGCUGAGGGUACCGCGGACGCGGGAGACAUGCAGGUCACCCCCGCUUUCUAGCCAGGAGGACUGGUCCCCCGCUUUCGAGCCAGGAGGACUGAUUCCUCCUUUUGACUAAAUGUUUGGCGAAGCAGAAAACCCAAGUCGGUCCCUCCACCUUUCCGGGUCUUGGAAUGGUGCUGAAAAUCCCUCUCCAACAAUGGGGAUGGGGGUUAGAGAAACAGGACUGUGGUUUCUCUUGAUUUCUGAGGAUCCCAGAAGUUUCUGCAGACUUCAUUGCCACGUGGUCUUCCUUUACAGAAGGAAAGCUGUGCCUAGCGCGAGGGCUAGGGGCUGCAGGGUGAAUGCGGCCCGCCCAGUCAACGCAGUUUCCUCAGUGACUCCGUGCGGUGGAGGGAUUCUGAUGCCGAUAGCAUGAGCCAUGCUCAUUAUUUAAGGCUGAUUUUUUUAAAAUCCUGUGUUGCAAUUGCAACCUCGUCCGUUUUAACUGGCACCUCAGGGAUUCAAAUCCUAUAUUUUAGUAUAGUUUCCACUUCAUUCAUGAAAAUGAAUAGAAUUAAUGUAUUAUGGGAGAUGUGUCAGUGAACUAGACAAAGGUCAGUAACCUCAAAGGAUGAAGGGUUUUAUUUUAAAUAGUUUAUUAAAAAUAUAUAUUAACAUGGGUAUUUGAAAAUGCUGCAUAAGAAUAAAAGCUGUGUCCCCCCCCCCCCCUUUUAAAGAGCAGAAAAUUUUGUUAUGACUUUAGAUAAUCAUGAUUUUAAACAUGUUGUUAAAAAAAUAAAACACCACAAGUUUGGAUUUCCAAGAAAAGAAUUGAAAGGGGAGGUGAGGAAUAAAGUCAAAAUUAGAAUGGGAGAAAAAAAAAUAAAUGUUAC